AUGAAAUACUCGCGAGCACCCUCGGACGAAGAGCUCUCGGAUGCCUCUUCCGAACCUGGGCGCUGCGAGAUGCUGCGAUCGAGGAUGCCCAAGUGGGGCUGCUGCGCAUGGUUCGGCAUCACUGUGCUUUUCUUGGUGCUCACUUCAGAACUGAUAGCAUGGCUGAGACAGCCGACCUGCAAUUCUGCCUCUGAUUUCAUUUGGAAUGAAGUCAUCCCACCCAAUACUGUCAGCCAAAUUGAUCGAGAAGGCUUGCGGCACCUGUGGCAGCAGAUUGAUGUCCUGGGACUGGCCACCAAGCUCUGGCAUUUCAACGUGUGGAUGAAUUCCACGAGCGCCGUGAGCGCAUCUGACAGCUUGGGAUAUUGGUCCGAUGGGCAUCUACUCUUCGGACUCGUGGAGAAGAUUGCCUUUGUGGAUCAACAGGGUCGAACGUCCCUGGAGGGUCACAAGGUCGGUGGCCCCUUUGGAUCCAACUUCCAAGUCUGGCUUUGCUCCAGCUCCCAUCGCGCCACGAGCUAUGAGCUCAGUGUGGAGACGCAGCCGUGGUCCUUGUCCAAGCCUGGACUCACCGUGGUCUACAACAUCCACGAGAUGCCCAGUGGCGGCGAAGGUACUUUGGUGGCAAAGGCCCACUUUGAUUUGAAAACGAUGAAUUUCUAUUCCCACAAGUCUCAUUGGGAAGCUUUGGUGGAGACCCCUGACGAGAAGGAGCUCAUUGGCUCAGUCACACAGAACACCUCCUCUUUCAACUCCAAAUGGUUCGUGGCCAACCAGCGCCCCGACCUCCUACCCAACGAGGUCCUUUCCUUCCUUGCGUUGGUGUACGAUAUUGACGAGACUCGACAAAGCUGA